GGGAGAGAGAGAGAGAGAGAGAGAGAGAGAGAGAGAAAGAGGCUGCACAGAGUGGAGGCUCGAGCGCUCAAAUGGGUUAUUGCGCACACAGCAGGCUGAACUAUAGCAGGGACUCCAACUACGACCCAAGCGAGAGGGCAUCCUGCCACCCCGCUUGGAGCCCUGAUACGGGGCGGCCUGCACCGCUGCGUUUAUUUGGUUUGCCCCUGUAAUUGAAGACUUAAGUGAUGCACGCUACGAGGAUCGACUCUGAUGCUGCGUGAACUGCGAUAGUUCCAUCUGAGAGCAGUUGAAUGUGCUCAUUAUUUCAGAGGAUUACUCCUUCCUUCAGUAACUAUGGGUUCUGUGAUGUUGGACUGGAGGUUAUCAUGUCUUCUUCUGCAGGCAGCUGUUUUGCUGCUGCUCAGCAAGGGGGAGAGGAUGUGCCCCGCGAGUUGUCGCUGCGAAGGCAAGAUUGUUUACUGUGAGUCGGGCAUCUUCCAAGGCAUUCCGGAAAACAUCACCACGGGGUGCCAGGGUCUGUCUCUGCGCUAUAACAGCCUGCUGGUGCUAUUGCCGUACCAGUUCGCUCACCUCAAUCAGCUUAUUUGGCUUUAUUUGGACCACAACUCCAUCACAGACAUCAAUGCAUUAGCCUUCCACGGUGUGCGCAGGCUCAAAGAACUUAUUCUCAGCUCCAACAAGAUAACUUAUCUGCACAACAACACAUUCAGCGCAAUACCGAACCUGCGAAAUCUGGACUUGUCCUAUAAUCAGCUGCGGUCUCUGCAGCCGGGGCAUUUUUAUGGUCUGCGCAAGCUGCAAAAUCUCCACCUCCGAUCGAAUGGGCUGAAUCAGAUCAUCAUUCGUACUUUCCUCGAAUGCCGCAGCCUGGAAUUUCUUGACCUGGGUUACAAUCGGCUGCGGAGCCUCACACGCACAACGUUCUUAGGGCUCUUCAAGUUGAAAGAGCUUCAUUUAGAGCACAAUCAAUUUUCCCGGAUUAAUUUCUUCAUUUUUCCACGCCUUACCAACCUGCAGACUCUUUAUUUGCAAUGGAACCGCAUACGAUCCAUGAGUCAAGGCGUGCCUUGGACCUGGCACAAACUACAGAAAUUGGACCUGUCAGGGAAUGAAAUCCAAAUGUUGGACCCGACAGUUUUCCAGUGUAUGCCAAACCUACAAACGCUCAACCUUGAAUCGAACAAGCUCAGCAGCGUUCCUGUGAAAGCCGUGGCGGCGUGGGCCUCACUGACCACCAUCAGCCUGGCCGGCAACUCCUGGGACUGCAGCCCAAGCAUUUGUCCCCUGAUGGGAUGGCUCCAAAACAUCAGAGACUCUAAGGACAUCAGCAUGAUAUGCAGCAGCCCCAAGUCUGUGCAGGGUGAAAGAGUGGUGGAGGUGGUGAAGAAUCAGCUGACGUGUGUGGACGUAUCCAAUAUUUUCUCAACCACAUCUCUCGUCGCUCUUACUUCCACCCAAAUGGAGAAUAUCACGUUUUACAAUGACCUCACAACCGAUCUAGGCACCGAGUCACCUUUUCAGAGGUUGACCCCUUUGCCCGGCCGUCCUGGUGAGAAACACGGAAAGGCGACAGAGUCCACAAACGUGAGCUCCACAUUAACGGCCAUCUCCCCUGGACCCCCUACCCCGCUUAUCCCACAGCUACACUUUGAACAUAUGGCUUUCCAUAAAAUCGUUGCAGGCAGCGUAGCCCUGUUCCUGUCAGUGGCAUUGAUCCUGCUUGUUAUUUAUGUGUCGUGGAGGCGCUACCCCAACACCAUGAGGCAGCUGCAGCAGCACUCAGUCAACCAUAAGCGCAGGAAAAAAAACAGUAGGCAGGAGCAGGAUCUUAACUCUCAGCUGCAAGAAUACUACCUGAGCUACCAUUCCAACUCAGAGACAAUGGACCCUUUGGUGAAUGAGUCGAGGCCGUGCACGUGCACAAUAUCAGGAUCCAUCGAAUGUGAGGUCUGAGCAGCCAACUCCACCUUACGAGACUUAAAGUGAAGCAGAGGUAAAUGGUCUUUUCCAAAGAUUAAGUGCUUUUAUCUCUAAUGCGAGAUGAUAGAUUCUGCAGCGCUGAAGGAACUGCUUGGGGGCAUAGCACAAUAUGAUUAUGUGCAAAAGAAGAAGACAGCAACGGAGGUAUAUUUGGAGAUGAUUAUCAGCUUGACUGACGCAUAAACAGUGGCCAGGUCAGCUGUGUGCGAUCUGACGUACCGUCUGGACCUCCGAUAAAGAUGAAGUGAGCCUUCUAGAGAGACCAAACUUAUUCUUUCUUAAACUAUAUUGCCAUAUAACUUACGACCAUACAAAGCCACGUUUUACUACAUAGUUUUUUCUUUUUAUUAUGUAGCUCGUAAAGCAUUUAUGAUGUAUUUGUGUGUCUUCAAGUGUCUCUGUGUGGGUGUGUUAUAGCGAUGGUCUGAUACUUUCUUGGUUUACUGACUUCUGGUUGGAAGAGUUACAGUGUUGCACCUUUAUCUCACAAUAUACCGUUUGUUCAGUUAAAUUAUGCUGCUUUUGGCCUAUGAAUGCAACGACUGGACGCGACGCGAAGUGGGGGAGCAAUCAUAGAGAUAUUUUGCAUGAAACAGAUCUCCUUACUACAAGAUGCUCUUCUCAUUAAAUGAUGAGCUAUAAAAAAUGAUAAACUUGCAUUUUGGUUCAAUGUGGUAGAGGCUAAACAAACCUAAACUUUAUUCAAUUCGAAUCUCAGGACGGAUGUUUUCCAAGCUGUGAAAAACGAAAAAUCUGUCAGGUCCGACGAGGGUGUUGACGUGUCAGAAGCAAUGAUGUUGAUUUUCAUAAAGAAUUUUGUAAUGAUUAUUCCUAUCAUUACGAUUAUGAAUUUUUUGUGUAAAGACGUAACAAAAUGGGGACUAACCAUUCUAUGUGAUAAUGACUGUAUAAUUAAAAGAUUCACUUGACAAUUGA